UAUAUAUAUUCAACUAUAUAUUCAUACGGGUAAGGUGAGUACCAUAGCUCAUUAGUUGGUUGCUGGCUCUGAGGUUUGUGUGUCUAUUCUGUUCUCAAGUCUCUUCAGCUUAUUUUAUAGACGAGUUUUAAUUUGAAGUCUGCUCGUGAUUUGCAUUACUUUACUGUUUUUGACUCUUUUUUUUUUUUUUUUACGGCUCCCUCUUCCUCCACAUGCGUCAGUGUGUCAAACAAUACACUAUGUGUGGCUUCCGAGCUGUUUUUUAAGUUUUGUUUGAGAUUCCAGUUGCAUGGGAGCUCACACCUCCCCGCUCUUUGAGUUGGCAUCCAUUUUGUGUCACGUGCGAAAGACAACUUUAACUGUAAAUGUAAGAAUACUCACUCUCCACAUUGGAGAAAUAAGGAUGGCGUCAAAUUUGUGGCGACACUAAGUGGAAAGUUCAGAGCGACUAACGGGCUUACCUCAGAAACUUCAAACAUGUUUGAUUAGGAGAAAAGGGACAUUUCAGGCCGUCGUGUUGAUGAAGCAGCUGCGCGACAAGCUCAGUUCAGCAUUGAGCUCUGUUGAGGUCGUCUUUGACAUCGGAUUAUAACAAUUUGAAAAAGGCUGAAAGAGCCUUCCUCUUAAAUGCUAACAAAAAAAAAGCAUUUGAGGUCUUGUUAUUGUUGAUCUGAACAUUGAAAAGAUUUUUUUUGUAGUAGCAAUAAGUCAUGGAACUGUGAUCAGGCUAUAUUACGCUAUGUUACCUUUCGUAAAAGUGCAUUAAUUGUUUUGUUUGUGUGCUCGUCUCGCUGGUGAAAAUCACGAUGGUUCCAAUGAUUGUGUGUGUGUGUGUGGCUGUUGCACGGGUGCAGGCUGGCAGCGAUGCGUACGUUAAGUGCAGAUCAUUUGGAACGCCGAUGUGCCUGUGGCUUCGUAAAAAGGAGGCGACGGAUCCAAGAACUGCUCCUCCCUGGAAGAAUAUCUGAAAGGUCUUACUUAGCGUUGCACUGAAUCCACUCUCCACUUCAGCAGUCAGUCACUGCAAACGUUACGAAAGCGCCCUCCUGGACACGCAGACUAUAUGCGAGGGUGGCUCCGGGUUGUGUGCUAAUCCAUCGAAACAGCCGUCUUUACACGCCAUCACGCAGAGGGCACAAAUUGUUGGUGCUGCUUUCUCUCUUUUUUUUUUUUUUUUUUUUUUUUUUGACAAUCUUGUAUAGAAGAAUUAAUACCACCACUGAGUGGCGUUCCCUGUGAAAGUGUGACAUUUUCAGUGCCGUCAAUUUUCCUCAAUGCAGGUUCCUGUGUCAUCUUUGCACUACAACUUUCUCUUGUGUUUUAUUUUAAGGAGUACUCAAAAGGUUUCAGUAACCACAUAGCAAUCAUCUAUCAAGAUUCACAUGGACACGAACACCAGAAGAGUCGCAUCCAGUGAGGACUUGAGGAUACGAUGUAACUUCUCCAAGAGAAGGAUCCACUGUUGACUGACUUGGAGCUCAUGUUUUCUUGCCCCCCCCUCCGGCUUUGAACAAUACUCUCAAAACUGCCUUUCAUCGAGCGUGAGAGGAGGUUUGAGCUACAUCCACGUGUCUACAAAACGGCCAUUUGAGAACCAGGAACGGAGAACUCUCAGGAUUUCUACUGAUACACAGUACUGUAUUUAAAUGUUUUUGUUAUGUGUAAUAUACUGUACUAUAGGUUUGCUGUACUUGCACAGUUUUUUAAACUUCUCUUCAGUUUCUUUUAUAACUUGAAAAAAAAUAGAUGUGAUUUUCUUUUUGUUGUCUCCAGUGGCUGUUUUUUUUUUUUUUUUUAUGUAAUUGCCUAUUUAGUUAUGGUAGAGUAAUCCUGAUUUGUUGAGAAAAAAAUGAUUCCCCCCUCCCCCUACCCUCCUCAGUAGUACAGUAGUAUUUCUUUGUAACAUGUCACCACAACUAAGCAUUACAGAUCAAGUAACUAAAUAGUUGCGUCACGUUUCAUACACCAGUCGUGUAAUACAACAAGCUAAAAACCGCUUUCUAUGUUCAGGAGUCGGAGGCCUUGGGCUGCAGUACACAGCUCACUCUGGUCAUUUACAUGCAUCACUCUCGGGUGCUAUUCCAUCGUGUUCAUGCUUUGCUUUCGCUGAUUCGUCUGUUUUUGGGUUUCGGGUUAUAGUGGUGGUUGAGCUUAACUGUGAAAUUCACAUUGCACAUAAUUUGAAAAUAAAACUAUUAAAAGUGAAUAUUGUUAUUGUUUUCUUUUUACAAGUAUGCUAUUACUUGUGUCACAAGUAAUAGCACAACUACUUGUUUUAGGGGUUGACGUGCAUUGUGUGUGAAAAACACUGAACUGACUUACAGUUAAGGAGGAUGUGGUAACCCUGUCAGCUCGUGGGCUCGACUCACGCAGCAGCGUAACCUUUAGGUUGACCGACGUGCAGAGGAGGCGAAGCUGCUGUACUGAUGACACUGAAACCAGUCAAACUAGAGAAAAAAACCCAUCUGUGUGUGAGACACGUGAGCAUAAGUCAAAUAAAGCAGUGGGCUGAAACUUCGUUCAACUGUUGAGAGGGGUAACGUGCUGCGAGGGCGCUCAAGUGAAAGGUAAAGUCUACUCAAAACUUAGUACAAUACACUUAUUAGCUUAUCUGUCUUUAACGCUGCGGAAGUUACCGGUUUAACAUAGCUGCGACGUUUUAUGAAUGAUUUCGGAAAUUGUCCACGUGGGAAGUGUCUCCUCCCGUCGGCUCCUAAUGGAGGAGUAAAGAUAAACACGAGCCUUUCUUUCAUUGACGUUUGUUUUCUAGUUUGACGUGAACACGUGUAGUGCACGCGCGGUACACGAGUUUGUCUGAAAAGCUGGUUAGGACUCAGUCACUAAAGUGUUGACGUUAAGCGUUUCCUGGUCGGACUCUUUGUUGUAGUUUUAUCUUGAAUGGACCUGGUUUACUACUACUAGCUGCAUUCGUAUACACGUUACACUUUUCUCAACUUUCUGAGCUCAAUUAUUUAGGCUUACAGUCACGUGUUUGCUCCGUAUUCGCUGUUAGAGGCUAGAAAAUGCUACAUUUUUAUUUCUGAGUCAUUCAUGAUCAUAUGAAUAACAGGUUUAUUCACUUUCAGCAUUUCUCAUCUAAUCAUUAUGAACAUAUUGCUCGGUCAGUUAUAGCUUUGUGUUUAUAAACACAAUGUAUGUAAACAAGCCUUUCACAGCAUCACUUUGAUUUACUUUUCUUAUAUUAGUCCAUGUGUUAGAUUACGUGAAGCUAUAUAUUCAGGCUUUUAUUUUGAAAUUUGGCGAUUCGUUUGCUGACAUAAGGUUCACAGACUGUACAUUUGAAACAUCAAUUCUGCAUUCUACAUAAUAAAAAAAAAAAGCUUAAAAAAUGACCCACUAAGUCAUGUAAUUUUCCACAUAUGUUUUGUUGUUUUCAUACAUGUAUGUUUCCCUCUGUUUGAACAGGAACAUGUCCCCUGCUCUAGCAAAUGAUUUGGGCUACAAACCCCUGGAUGGUGGUUGGGGCUGGAUGGUGGUGGUUGGGGCCCACAUUUCUAUUGGAUUUGCGUACUCCACGCCCAAAGUCCUCUCCAUUUUCUUCGAAGAGAUCCAAGAAAAUUUAGGGGCCAGCUACCGUGAAAUAGCGUGGAUCUCCUCUAUCAUGCUAGCUGUCAUGUAUGCAGGCGGACCAGUGAGCAGCGUGUUGGUCAGUCGCUUUGGAAGCCGGCCAAUAGUCAUACUGGGGGGACUGCUGUGUGGAGUCUCUAUGGUAACCGCUUCUUUUGGGAACUCCAUCGUUUACCUCUACCUUUGCAUUGGCGUCAUAGGAGGCUGCGGACUCUCCUUAAACCUCAAUGCGUCUCUCACCAUCAUCAGCAAGUAUUUCCUGAAUAAGCGUCCUUUAGCUAACGGACUAGCCAUGGCUGGGAGUCCAGUGUUUCUGUGCAUCAUGGCCCCCGUCAACCAAUAUCUACUGCAGAAGUUCGGCUGGAGAGGAAGUCUCUUUAUCCUCGGGGGUCUGAUGCUCAACUGUUGUGUUGCUGGGGCCUUGAUGAGGCCUGUUGUUCUGCCUCGUAAGCCGUCCACUUGCGCCGCGCAGAAAAACGUGGAGGAAGAGCCAAACGAGUGCAACACUAAGCAAAAAAGAAGUUGUAUGAACAACGCUAAGACGUUUUUGGAUUUUACCUUCUUCAAGGAUAGAGGCUUUGUCAUCUACCUCAUUGGGAACAUUCUGUUCAUCUUCGGUGCCUAUGCGCCCAUUGUGUUCCUGUCAGCCUACGCUAUUAGCCAAGGCGUAGAGGAGUACUCCGCAGCCUAUCUGCUCUCUAUUAUGGGCUUUGUCGACAUGUUUGUUCGGCCUGGCACUUGCCUGAUAGCCAGCAGCAAGUGGAUCCGGCCCAGAAUCCAGUACUUCUUUGGCUUUGCCAUGGUUUUCAACGGCACAUGCCACUUACUGUGCCCGCUGAUCAAGAGCUAUGCCUUCCUGGUGACGUAUGCUGUAUUCUUUGGCGUGGGCUUCGGCAUGGUUUUCGGCCUGAUAUUCGAAUGUCUGAUGGACCUGAUGGGAAAUCAACGCUUUCCCAGCGCUGUUGGACUGGUCACCAUCAUCGAGUGCUUCCCCAUGCUACUGGGACCACCUGCUGCAGGGUUACUGGUGGACGUCUUUGGUGACUACAAGUACAUUUUCUUCAUGUGUGGCUCAGUGAUCGUGGCUGGCGGGGUCUUUAUCUUCGUCAUGAACAUCUACAACUACCACAUGCUGGAGAAGGAGAAGCCAGCGAAGGUCAGAGAGCAGAACCAAAUGACCAUAGAGAACCAGGCGAGCGCCUCAGCCUGAAGAGCAUAACGGAGCCCAGAGAGAUCCAUGGCCGGAGAGAGCAAAAAAACACCAAAUUAAAUGGGAAUUAAUUUAACUCGCAAGUCAGGAGGUGCUAUUUGAUUAUUGCAGGAGAAGAGGGGCCAACGAGACGACACGAUUAAAAGAGCGCCAGUCAAAGCUGACACGGUGGAAACUGUAGAAAAUACGAUGGAAAUAAGGCAUUUGUGUUUGUUUCAUGUAUUCAUUUGAGGAACGUUGCUGUCUCCAUGUCAUUCUUGAUGUUUUUGCGACUAUUUUUAGUAUCUUCAAUGGAAGUUUCAGUAAGAAACGAGUCACAUGCUUGUUUGUACAAAAUUCUCAAGUCACAAGGAAUGCGUCAAUGCGCACAGCCUCAAUACCUGAGUUACUGUUAACGUCUUUCUCUCACGUGAUCAUGAACGAACACUUUAUGCUUUGGAAUUCCUGGCUGUUCAUUGCACAGUAAUCGAAUCCGUCUCAUUAUAAUUGUUUUUGUGGUAAUGUACCUCAGGAGACUGUCAUGAGAUAUUUUUCACUUGCAGUGUUUACGUCAUAAAACUGGCAAUUUGUUUUGCACGUGAAAUACUGUAGCUGCCAGCAAAGACAUGGACGUAUUUAAAGUGGAACUAUAUGCUUUACUACUGCACAACCUGAAGUGUGGCAUACCAUGAAACUUCAAUUAAAAGCCCCCACUGAGCCCCUUUACUCGCCAGAUGUGGCGAAUAAAAGCAGGUCUCAAUUAUACUUAUUUCAAUAUGGACAUGCUUCACAUUGUUAGAUUGGUUAGAUUUUCCAUAAUUAAAUGGUUAAAACUAUGAGCAAUCAAAGUAUUAUUCAGAUUUACCGCCGUGGUAAAUGAGGUCAUUUCUUUUUUACAUUCAAAGCUUCUAUUGAGGUUUUCGAAGCUUUGAAUGACUGCCAUCAUAUUUUAUGAUGUCCCCCUAAAAAUGGGGAAAAUAUGAUUUUGUGUCGUUAAAUAAAUGUAAUUUUAUAGUGCGGUUAGAUUGCUACUAGACCGCCCUCUUAAUACUUUUUAUUUUUUUACCACAGUGAAGGCUAAAUGUCAACAAAUCCAGAUUGAGGCAGGAUACUUUGUUAGAUAAAAACAUGUGAAUUCUGGAAAUUAUUACAUCCAUCUCUUUUCAAUAAGUUUUGACUUUUGGACUAAGGACAGACAUUUACAUGGAGAGAGAGACCAGCGUCUAAAGUGAAUGAUUGGCCAGUUGAGUUAAUAAAGGCUUGGGCUAUUAAUUGCAGUUUUACGGUAAUGGUCUUAUAAAUUGUUGUCAGUCUUUAUUUAAUUUGAACAUGUAUGCUUAAACACAUUAUAAAAUAUGUGUGUUCCACAAUACUGUAAUUUUUUUUGACAUUUAGCAUUGACAUUUGUUAUUUGGACCAGAAUGGAUUUGCA